CAAAACGCCAUCAACAACGCGUACAUUUACACCAAACAGCUUGGGCUCGAGGCUUUGCUGUUGGCAGAUAAACACAAAUUUGAUCAUCAAAUUGCCACUUUGCUGGCCGACUGUGAGAACGUCUGUCUCGAGGAUUUGAAAUCGCAGGUCAGGGAGAGUCAAGAGGACUGGGAUCACCAUGAAAAAAUUCUGCAAGAGUUGCUUCACAUUAACAUUAAAGAGCAUCGCUUGGUUGUUCCCUCUAGAAAAUCGACGCAUGCGCAAGGUGCGGUUUACGUACAAGCUUUUUUGUUUGAUCGCUGUUGUCUUUUACUAGCAAAAACACUUUUUCAGUUGAGUGCUAA